AUGGCGAAAGCAUUUGCAUCCCCGCACGCGGAAGAACCUGCAAGUAAAUACGGAGCAUCUGUUUCCGGUUCGGCCCAUUAGUUGUUUCAUUCGUUAAUUAUGGCGCCUUUUAUUCCCACAUGUCACCAACCAAAAAACCUACUUCCCCCCUCAACCACAAUCAAAAACCUACUCGCCGGUCGUCGCUCAGCUCUGUAUAUGGACCCUCGCAUAGCUCCUCGGCCAAAUUUCCCGAUGAUCCGCCGGGUGGGCUUUUUACCUCCUGAAUUACCCCACUCUGAUCCGCUCGAAGAUCCACGGUCAAUAUUGCAGUCUCCCAGUAUGAUUGUUCCUCACCCUCUCCGAGACUCUGACGCUGCUUCCCAUUCCGCAGGCAUUCCGGUUCCCGCCACAGCUCCCAUGCGGAUUUCGCAGGGCGACGGCGAGGACGAGGGGCAGUUAGUUGUCGGGAGCUACGACGCCUCCCAAACUGUGCCCGGAAGCUCACCCACGUCUAGCGGAAUCGGCCUCGUAGAUGGUGAGUUCUCCAUGGACUCGGCUAACUGGAUUCUCCCCGAAGUUUCGCAGAAGUUACUCCCGGCUUUGUGCAACGUCGGCUCUGAACAGGCCACAGCCGCCGACGAAUUGGCUGCCCCCAACCGCACUUCGAAGCGCGGUGGAAUAUCUGACAAUGACAAUGGUGGCCAAAAAGCAGUGGAGAAGCCGAAACAAGUGCAAGAAAGCUCAAAGCAGCAAAAAGAGAAAACUACAAAAGCAGAAAGGAGAGCUCUCCAGGAGGCUCAAAGAGCUGCCAAAGCUGCUUCAAGAGCUGUUUGCAAUAAACCUGCGGCUGGGGGAUCACCAGCUUCAGUAUGUGAAAAGUCUCCAAAAGUUUUGAAGCAAAGUUCACAUAAGCAAGAUAGCAACCUAAUGUCAACCUCAUCAACCAUGGAGAAGAAAAGAAGUAACCAAACAUUGGUUAAAGAUAGGAAAAAUGAUUUUCCUGCACCACGCAUGCAGUUUGAUGAUAAGAGCCGUGUAGAAAAGGCCAAAAAACGUGCAUUACUUAAACAAACGGAAUCUAGAAAUAGAGUAGAGAUGUUUCUGCAUUUGCGUCAGUAUGAACAUGGAACUCAGCUUCAUGAUCUUGAGUCAAAAUUCUUCCAGCUUGAUUCAAUGCAUCCUGCUAUAUACAAGGUUGGGGUACAACAUUUGGCUGGAGAUCUUUCUGGGAGUAAUGCGCGGUGUGUUGCUAUGCUUCAGGCAAUUAAGGAAGCUAUUAACGACUACUCCCUUCCCCCGGGAAAAACAUUCGCAACAAGUGAUAUAAUUUCAAAGAUCAAAAGUUAUGCUUCAUUUUUUGACGAAUGCAGGCCACUGUCAAUCAGUAUGGGUAAUGCAAUUCAGUUUUUAAGGGGCCGUAUAGCCAAAUUACCUCACACAUUAUCUGAGUCAGAAGUAAAGGAAAAUUUGUUUUCAGACAUUGAUGGUUUCAUCAAUGAGAAGAUAGUUUUAGCAGAUAAAGUAAUAAUAGGACAUGGUGUCAAAAAAAUCAAGGACGGUGAUGUCAUUCUAACGUACAGUUCAUCAUCUGUUGUUGAGAUGAUUAUACUACAUGCUCAUGAGAUUGGAAAACAAUUUCAAGUUGUCAUAGUAGACUCUCGCCCCAUGUUUGAAGGCCAAGCACUACUUCAAAGACUGCUGAAGAAGGGAAUCAACUGUGCAUACACUCAUAUAAGUGCUGUUUCUUACAUUAUGCAUGAAGUCACAACGGUUUUCCUGGGAGCAGCAUCUAUAUUAGCUAAUGGUACUGUGUACUCAAAAGUGGGGAGUGCUUGUGUUUCAAUGGUUGCUCAUGCUUUCCGUGUUCCUGUUCUGGUUUGCUGUGAAGCUUAUAAGUUUAGUAAGCGGGUGAUGCUUGAUUCAAUUUGCUGCAAUGAAUUAGGGAAUCCGAAUGCAGUUUCCCUGGUUCCUAGAGGAUCAGGUGCCAAUUAUUUGAAGAAUUGGACCGAUAUAGAAAAUCUUCAGAUUUUAAAUUUAGUUUACGAUGCUACUCCCUCAGACUACAUCUCAAUGAUCAUAACAGAUUAUGGCAUGGUAAGGGCUUUAUUAUUAUUAUCAUCAUCAAUUUAGCAUAUUUUCUUUUUCUUUUUCUACAUUCCAAUGUGAUGAAUAGCAUACUCUUUGAGAUGAAGCGAUUUUGUUCCCACUGACAGCUUCCAGAGCAUAACUUUUCCUGCUUUUUACUAUUGGUAUUGUCCAACCGACAUGGUUAAUCGUUAUCAAACUCCUGAUGGGACACCAUACAUAAAUGUGAUUUUUCCCCUUUGGAAGCUUGAAGUGACCUUUGCCAUUGUUUUUCUCUCGUGUAUUUCUGUGUCAAGUAGUUUUAGACAAUUAAUUAAUGGAUUAAAUAUGUUUCAUAUCCUUGCAGAAAUGACACAUUUUGGUUUAAUUUGAAGAAUGACAAAAAUAUUAGUUAUAGGGUUUGGAUGGACACAAAUAUCACCAUUUUUUACCUGGACAAAAAGUGAUUUAAUAUCCCAAAUCACACGUGGCUCUCCUUUAUUGGCCCGGCUUCCAGAAAGCUAUUUAAUAUCCCAAAUGACAUAGAAGACUUAGGAAGUGUUUACUUCACUGCUAAAGUCACAGUUAGGUUAGUAAGACAGGUGAAGUAAACACGCACACUGCUUAAAAAGCCGCUUACUAACCGAAAGAGGUGCUUAAAGUGCCGCUUAUUAAGCAUACCACCCCCAUGUAUUAAUUAAGCGGCACUUUAAGCUUUUUCAGUUUCCGAAUUUACCCCUUGCCCGUAACCUAUUGUUAUCCCUGCCCCACCUCGACCCCAACCCCACCUACCCCGACCCCACCCUACCCUUACCCCACCUACCCUGACCCACCCUACCUCGACCCCACCCUACCCUACCCCACCCCGACCCCACCCUACCUACCCCACCCUACCUAAUCGACCCCCACCCUACCCUUACCCCACCUACCCCGACCCCACCCCACCCCUACCCUUACCCCACCCCUACCCUACCUAACCGACCCCCACCCUACCCCACCUACCCUACCUAACCGACCCCCACCCUACCCUUACCCCACCUACCCCGACCCCACCCCAUCCCUACCCUUACCCCACCUACCCUACCCCACCCCACCCCUACCCUUACCCCACCUACCCUACCCCUACCCGACCCCACCUUACCUUACCCCUACCCCUACGGGCCUAUGGGGGCCUAUGGGGUCGGGGGUAGGGUAGGGUGGGGACAGGUUAGGGUGGGGUCGGGUAGGUAGGGUGGGGUCAGGUAGGUAGGGUAGGGGUAGGGGGUAGGGGUAGGCGGUGGGUGGGGUCGGGGUAAGGUAGGGUGGGUAAGGGGUUAGGGGUAUGGGUACACAUAUUAUAUUAUAUACUUGUGUUCAUGAAUGUUUGUGUGUAUAUAUAUGUAUAGGGUUAUUUUGGACAUUUUAAUGUUAAGCGGUGUUUUAAACCGUUUGAAGUAAACACGGUCUUACAACAUUGUUUAUUUUAUGCGCCGCUUAUUAACACGGGUCUUAAUAAGCACCGUUUAAUAACCGGUGAAGUAAACAUGUCCUUACUCCUAAAUCCUAAUACACCAUUGUGACGGGACCCUUCCUUGGACCGUUGCCUUGCGGGACGUCAAUGUGCACAGAACUGCCUUUUACGGUCAUCAUCAUGAUUAUUAUUAUUUUUUAUGUUUUAUUUAUAUAUUCAUUUUUAUUUAGGUACCGACCACCAGUGUGCCUGUGAUUGUUCGCGAGUACGGGAAGGAGCAUCUCUUCUUAUAGUACGGAGUAUUAUUAUGUUCCAGCACAUAUACAUUUUUCUCUUCAGCUGAGAUAUAUAUUACUGAAUGGGAGGGUACUAGGGUGGGUGUGUAGUAGCACUUGUGCAUAACAGGCAAGUCAUACAUGUCACUACUAUAUACGUAUAGGAUAGAAUAGGACGAUGAGCUAGUUUUGACAUUUCCAUUUACCUGAUUAGCAUUUUUUAUUAGGAAUUUAUUUAUUGAUUUAUAUGUAUUGUUAUUAGAAAAAAUAAUGACAAAUUUUCACUUAUCUUAGAAUGAAUGAACAAUCUUGUGAAGAACAUAAAUACGAAGUAAAUACUAAAACGGUUUGUACUCUGCCACUCUGGUGCCCGACAAAGUGGAUAUUUAUAGUACAUGAACUUUAUAGUUUAUACCCUAUUGAUUAAAGACUUAAACGCCAUAUUAUAUAAUACGGAUUACGGAAUAUAUAUCAUUGCAAUUUAACAUGAAAAUUCCAGUAAUUGCAAUUCAGUUCUAAUUAAAACUAAAUAUCACUGAAGUGCUUUUAUUUUGAAGAUCGAAGGGAGAGAGAGGGAAACCUCAACAUUAAGGGUUCUAAGGAUGUUUUUAAUUGGAUAGAGGUUUUUUUAUAUAUGAUUUUAUCUGUUUAAGUUUGGUCUGAUAAUUGUCUGGUUGAUGUGUAUUUUAUAAUUGUUAAACUCUAAUCUGGUUUGUUUAAAUUUGGUCUGAUUAGUUUAAGUCUAAUUUGAUCUAAUUUGUUUAAGUCUUGUUUGAUUUAAAACUGAAAUAAGUUUAAGUAAAAACAUCCUAACUUUUGAAGAAAAGAUUGUUUCUUGUUGUAUUGUUGUAU